AAUUAAAUAAAUGUGCGGAGGUGGGCAAGGGUGAUGAAUAUUAAGUAGUAAGUACCUUGGGUGCUUUCACUUGGGCGCAAACGCGAAGUCUCGUGCCCCGCGUUCGGUUGGCGUUUUGACGCGUCUCCAGCCCGCCCGCCAGAAGCUCCCCCUCGCGUAAAGUACUUGAGCAAACUUGACGUGACCAUCACCACCAUUCAGCUCGAUCUACCUCUUCCUCCGCUCAAGUCUACCACAACAGCCUUUCAAUCGACAUCGACUCGCCUGUCACACAUACUUGCCACUUGUGCUCUCUACUCUUCUUCACUAAUCCACACCCAUCACACAAUCAGCGGUCAGUGCAUUCACGCCCAGUUCAGUCGUGCGUGCGAAUCCAAGUUAGCUAACGAGGGGGACAGACCAUGUUGGAAGCACGCCUCGAACAAGCCGAUCUCAUAAAGAAGGUGGUGGACUCCAUCAAAGACCUGGUCCAGGACUGCAACUUUGACUGCAAUGACUCGGGCAUCGCGCUGCAGGCCAUGGACAACUCGCACGUGGCGCUAGUGUCCAUGAUGCUCAAGGCGGAGGCCUUCUCGCCGUACCGCUGCGACCGCAACAUUGCGCUAGGCGUCAACCUGACGUCGCUGACCAAGGUGCUGCGCGCGGCGCAGAGCGACGACAUCCUCACGCUCAAGGCCGAGGACACGCCCGACGUGGUCAACCUGCAGUUCGAGACGAGCACCAACGACCGCAUCAGCGAGUACGACCUCAAGCUCAUGGACAUUGACCAGGAGCACCUGGGCAUCCCCGAGACAGAGUACGCGGCGGCCAUCACGAUGAGCUCGACCGAGUUCCGCCGCAUCUGCACCGACCUGGCGGCCAUGUCCGAGUCGGUGAGCAUCGACGCGUCCAAGGACGGCAUCAAGUUCUCGGCCAACGGCGACAUUGGCAGCGGCAGCGUCACCCUCCGCAACAACACCACCCUCGACGACAAGAGCAAGAAGGACAAUGUCGAGAUCAACCUCAGCGAGCCCGUCAGCCUGACCUUUUCGCUCAAGUACCUCGUCAACUUCUGCAAGGCCACCUCUGUCUCCUCCACCGUCACAAUCAGCCUGUCCAACGAGGUGCCGCUGCUCGUGUCCUACGACCUGGGCUCGGGCAGCUAUCUGCGCUUCUACCUGGCGCCCAAGAUUGGUGACGAAGAGUAAGGACCUGACCAAUAUCACGACCGUUUUGACGAAAAUGCUUUACGCUGCU